UAGCUUAUAGCCUGCCUAACGUCGCUUCUGUGCAUUUGCAAGACAUGUCUAGAGAGGAGGUGCACUGGUAGAACAACAUAAAUAUCUAUUUAAAUAUUUUAUCACGAACCACAUAAAGGAAAUAUGUGUGACCUGUAGGUUAAAAACAAACGUUUACAGCUGGCUUCAAGGAUAUAGCAGAUCCUGAGUUCGAUCGGAGGGAAAGGCUUUCGUUGCCAAGACGUCAACUCACGGCUACAGGGAGAAAUAUUAACAAGUGCAAGUGACCACCUGCUACACUGAGAUCAUGCGUCCGAUAUCCGAGGUUCACUUUGACUCCAACGGUGAAAAUGCCAAACUCUCAGUUCCAUCUUUAAAUGGUACUAAACGUUCCAGGUCUAAAGCUGAGAAAAGAUAUCUUGGUGUCAGAGUAAGAAUGCCUGUCAGGGACUUGUUAAGGAACAUACGCCUCGCCAAGGGCAUGGAUCCAAAGGAUAUUCAGAGAAUCUCGGGAAAAACAUCAAAAGGAGAUAAAAAACGAGUCAAGACUUCAGCAGAUCGAAGAAACAGCCAGAAAAAACAUCACACAAUGGCUCAGGAAGAAUUAUCCAUCAUAGUGGAGGUGUUGGAAGAAGACCUUAAGACUAGCACGCUUACAAACCAACCAAGCAAAUUUCUCGCCUCACCCAACAGUUCCCAGUACAAUCAGUUGCCAAAAGAGUUCUUCCCUCAGACAUACGUCUGUGAGUUCAAUCAGAAAACUGAGAUGGCUUUAACCCCAGAGCCUUUCUCAACUCCAGUGCCCUCCCCAGAAAGUUGCUUCUCCUUCCCGUGCCCACAGUACCGUCAGAGCAUUGACCUCAUCUCUGACAGCCUUAGUGGCUACAGUAUUGACCACUCAUCAGACUUUCACCCCAGCCCACAGCAGUGUGUCGCUGACGACUGCCCCAGUCCAGGUGACUACCAAAUCCCCUCAUAUCACGACGCCUUUCAACCAAGCCCAGAGCCUCCCUGUGACUUGGGACUGGACCAUGGAGAGGGAUCAAUGAAAAGUCCUGGGUUCCAGCAACUCUGCUAUCAGCAGAAGGAGUGGACUAACGAGUUCUUCUGGAACCAGCUCGAGAAGGAGGGGAACCUUCUUAAAAGAAUAUCCAACAGAGAGCUUCUUGCACCUGACAGGAAUGGAAAAAUGCUGCUUCAUCGACUGGUCGAAGAGGGCAAACGGGCACCUGUGUACAUCGUCGCCAAAAGGAUGGCUGCCCUGAUGCAACUGAAUGCUAAAGAAGGGGAGGGAAAGACUGCUCUCCACUUGGCUGCACAGAGGAACCAGCAUCUGAUGGUGGCUGACCUGAUCAGUUUGGGUGCCAACAUCAAUGAGAGGGACCUGUGUGGAAAAACAUGUCUUCAUCUCAGUGCUGAAAGUGGCUACGUCAGGGUGUUAGAGGUCAUCGAAAACUCGAUGAAAGAUGGAGUGCAUGUAGAUUUAGAGGUCAAGGAUUUUAAUGGGCUGAGUGUCUUGCAGAGUGCAGCCAUGGCCCUCGGCGGCACGGUGCGAGAAGGGGAUCAGAGGAGCCUGCACAGCCACGGGAGGCUCCAAGCCCUGCGGAAGGAGCAGAUGAUGGAGACUCUGGAGUGCCUCCUGCAAAUGGAAAGCAACAUGCACAGUGUGGUAAGUAUGGCAUGUGUUGUAUGAUAUAAUACCGUAUAUCUAAUGUGUAAUACCCCUAACAUGUAUAAGAUGAUAUACAUCAGUAUCGGCGCAGAUUUGUGAUCCCUUAAAAUUCAAAAAGUGGGGUAUAGACAGGUUAAUAUCACAUGGAUUGAAAUUCAAAGGAGUACUGGGAUUCAGGAAUUCAGGGAUUGUUGGUGCCUGUUG